GCGGUGGCCGCUGCAGCAGGAGGCGCUGGGCGCGGAGCCGAGCGGGAGCCACGGGGCCCUCGGGCCUCUGCGCCGCCGCCGGAAGUUCUGGCAAUUUUGAGUUGUUCUCUGGUGCUGCCCUGCCCUGCCCUGCCUUCUGCCUAAUUUCUCUCUGGACUAGAAGCUGAGAGAGACCAUGGCAGAAAAAGUGAACAAUUUUCCUCCCCUCCCCAAGUUCAUCCCCUUGAAGCCAUGUUUCUAUCAGGAUUUCGAUGCCGAGAUCCCCCCACAGCACCGCAGCAUGGUCAAGCGUCUUUACUACCUCUGGAUGCUGAACAGCAUCACCUUGGCAGUGAAUCUGAUUGGCUGCCUCGCAUGGCUGAUUGGAGGCGGUGGAGCUGUUAAUUUUGGACUGGCAAUUCUCUGGCUCAUUCUCUUUACACCCUGCUCCUAUGUCUGCUGGUUUAGACCUAUAUACAAAGCCUUCAAGACAGACAGCUCCUUCAGCUACAUGGCCUUCUUUUUCACCUUCAUGGCCCAUCUGGUGAUCAGCAUUAUCCAGGCAAUAGGAAUCCCUGGCUGGGGAGUCUGUGGUUGGAUUGCUGCGAUAUCCUUCUUUGGGACCAAUGUGGGUGCAGCUGUGGUGAUGCUUAUCCCCACCAUCAUGUUUACACUUGUGGCAGUCUUUUCCUUCAUCGCACUCAGUAUGGUGCAUAAAUUUUACCGGGGGAGUGGAGGGAGCUUCAGCAAAGCCCAGGAGGAGUGGACCACAGGAGCCUGGAAGAACCCGCACGUACAACAGGCAGCUCAGAAUGCAGCAGUUGGUGCUGCGCAGGGGGCUGUGAUGCAGCAUGAAUCGCAAUAUUCUGCCACCCCAAACUACACCUAUUCCAAUGAGAUGUGAGAAAACUGUCCUGAGCAGGAAGGGCAGGGGAGGCACAGUGAGGCUGAGUCAGGCAAGCAGGAGUGUAAGAUAAUUGAUUUCCUCCCUCUUCCCCCCCCCACUCUGUAACCAGAUUUUUCUCUGUUGUCUUUUUUUUUUUUCUCUUAAUUUUGUUUCUUUGGGGUUUUCAUUUUGAAGAAGCUGUGAGUUGCCCUGCAGGACACUUGUGCUGUGUGAUAGUAGCUGUGUUUGUGUUUCCCUGUGAAAUAGUAUAUGGUGGUGGUUUUUUAAAAUAACUAUGGUGAUAGGUGUAUGUUGUAACUACAUCAGCCAAAAAAAAUCCCUCCCCAAAAUAUCAAGAGCUGAACCGAAGAUCCCUGAAAACACGGGAAUCUUCGCUUUUAUUUGCUAAUGUGUGGCCAGUUGUGGGCUGCCUCUAGCAAGGGGAAGUAUCAGCCCAUCCACUACCAGGAAUUCUCCUUUCUUUUUUUCCUAUUGCAGGUGACUGGCUGAUUUUUAGCACUUAAAAACCGUGCUGUUAUACUCUGGUAGUCGGGAGACAUCUAGUCGUAUCCCUCCUGGCUUCGAAGCCUGCAGUUUCUCUGAACACAUGGCAUUGUAAACAGAAUCAUUUACUCUUUGAUGUAUUGUUAGGAAGACAGUAUUAGUGUGUGACUGUACAGUGAGAGCCUCAGGGCAGUGUGGGAAGCCGCCCUGUUUGCACUGUGGUGGACCUUCCCUUUUAAUGUGAAACUUUGGCACAUUCCAAAAGCCACAUUCUGAAUCCCACCCUCUGAGCCCUACAUUUUUAAAGGUGUUUAUGGCUGGAAAAGUGACUAUAAAAUUGGCACAUUUGGUUUUCAACAGAUCUGUUGUCUUUGGUAAAGGAAGGACCAUAGCUUGCUGGCUUUAUAUACAGUCACAUGCGCUUGCUACUAGUCCCGUUGCUACAGUGGGAUUGUGUGUGGGUAAAGUAAGCAAGAUUUGCCCUGAGAGUCAUCUGCUGUCUUAAGAGUCUGCCUAAAGAAAAGGGUGCCCAACUUCCCCUGAAUGCCAGGGGGAUUUGAGUCUUAAUUCCCUUAGGCUUCCUUGCAGAUUCCAACCUUACUAGUCAAAAAAGUCUUUUUAUUCCUUUCAGCCUUGGAAAAACCCACACAGUUGUGGGAGAGCGAGCUGUAUUCAGAAGUCUUGUAUGUCUUCAGUGCAGUAGGCAGCUAACAUUGGUCUGCACUUUUUAUUGUGCAAGAUGCAGAGAUUUUGGAUCCCAGGUAGAGUGCACAGCCCUGGCAGUGACUCAUUUUGACUCCCUAAAUGGAGCCGACAUCUCAUUGGGAAGGAAUAGGAAAAAUAAGCAGGACUUUUAGACACUCUUCAGAUUCUGAAUGCACUGUAAAUAGAGGCCAGAUAUUUUUUUCCAAAUUGUAAACUGAAAGCAGCAUAAAGCUAAUCUAAUCUGAAUGCUUUUUGUUCAGAUUUCUUUUCCUGCCCCUGCUAAAUGCCCUCAAGUCUUAAACUAACGGCAGGCAAAAAGUAGCCCUCUAGCAACUUGACAUUCCACAGCUUGUUACUUUUCUAGUAGCCCUGCCAAUCCCUGUAGUUGCCUAAUGAUGCCUGUAUAUAAAACAUAUAUGCAAAAAUCCACCAAAUACAAAUUAAGCUUUUUUUCCAGCAAAGCCAACCAAGAAUAAGGAAGUUAACUGUUUUUUAAGAGUACAAUUUCAGUCAUUCUGCAGCAACCAUCUGUCUUUUGACAAGACUGCAAAAUGCAGUUACAAUAAAAAUGUGUUUAUGUAUAUAAUGUAUAAAACUUUAAAAAAAGAAAGUAAACAUUCUUUGAAUCUAUUAUGUAUUUAAGAUGGGGUUUUAAAUCUGGGGUGCAGAUUACUGUAGGUAGCCAAACAUAAGUAAAAAAUGUACUAUGCCAAACUUUUAUGGUCUGUUAAUCUGUUGGCUGAGAAAUUACAAAUUAACAGUGAUUUCACCUUCUUUUUGCAUUUACAGUAAGAAAUGUAACCUUAUUAAAAACGAGGUGUAAUGGAUACGGCUGUAACCAUGGAGUCUUCCCCUCCAUUUAUAUUUCCAAAAUGUGUGAAUAUGACGGACUGUCAGUGAAAUGUAACUGAAUUCAUCAGCAUGCCUGCCAUAGCUGACAAGCAGUGCAGGAUGUAGUACCUGGAUUUAAUUAAUUACUGUAAUCUGUGACUGCUAGCCAAGUGGUACAAAGCCCAUAGCAGUGACCUACACUGGAAGUCACUCCUAAAAUCAGUAGAUUUUUCUACAGGUUUCAUCUUGCAGAAAAAUUAGAAUCUGACCUAAUAUCUCCAUUGGUGGAGUCAGCACUUCCAGUGGCAGUUGAAUGCCAAUAUAAGUAUUGGAGGGGAGUUGGAAUGGGGUUUUGACCAUAAAUUCACACAGUAAAUCUGUAACACUGGUUUUCUACCUUCUUCCUGUCUAGCAAUUCCCUGCUCUGUCCUGAGUUUGUUUUACAUGCAUCACAGUACUGGAGUUGGCUAGAUGCAUAAUAGGCCCAACUUCCAUUCUUAUGGGCACAGGCUUCUUGUUGCCUUGCUAACAUUAGCUUUUAGAUUCUUUGAUGUGAAGACAGUUGGGAGUGUUUUGUACCUAAUAAAUAUAUUGUUCAAGAAAUCGCACUAUGUAGAGGGAAAAUGUUCCUUUUAAAUUAUAUCUACUAAACUGCUGAGGAAAAAAAUACAUCUUCUGUGUCCGUGGUC